AUGAUUAAAGUGCCCGUGCUGAUCUGGUCUCUCUCCAGGGCAGUGACACUCGCAGUCUCUGCAGUGUCCUCCUUGGUCAUACCACACCACGACUUCUCCGAUAUUCUACUCCACACAGAAAGUGCCCUCUCAUUCCUCAUACGAUGGGAUGCCAUUUACUUCUAUAAUAUUGCUAAGUACGGCUAUGUCUCUGAUAAUACGACAGCUUUCUUCCCCCUCUACCCAGGCCUUGUACACCUGCUUAACAAAUUCACUCCCAUGCCGAUAGUCACUGCGGGUAUACUUAUAUCUAACCUGGCAUUCCUGGCCUCUUCAAUUAUUCUGUAUAAAGUGACUUAUAAGCACUUUAACCAGUCAUACGCUGUCAGAUCCUGUAUUCUAUUCUGUUUUAGUCCCUGCUCUAUCUUGUACUCUACGAUGUACACAGAAGCUGUCUUCUGUAUGUGUGUGCUUAUGGCAGUGGAGAGUGUCCUGGCUGACAGAGGGGUUUCUUAUAUUUGGGUUGUACUUGCUUCUUAUACGAGAUCUAACGGAUUUAUUCUGUCUCCACUGUGCUUUAUUGAAGGACUCAUUAAGUACUCUUAUACCACAGGGAUUAUCAUGGCAAGUAUGCCUGUCCUGGCUUUUAUGAGCGUACAGAUGUAUUGGUUUAUAAACAGGUUUCCGUAUAUACGGGUCCUUCCUUAUUCAUACGUACAGGCAGAGUACUGGGAGCAAGGAUUCCUGCAAUUUUAUAAGCACAGUAAAAAUAUUCCGAAUAUUAUAGUUGGCUGUCCAUUUGUACUCCUCUCGUGCCUUAUCACAUAUAAUUAUGUGCUUAAAGAGAAGUACAUUCUGCAGUUUAUUUAUGACCAAGGACACGAAAGAUUCUUAAAUAUAAAACAAAAAAUAAUACAAAAAAUAACGGUAUUACCAAAUAAGGAAAAUACUAAAAAAUCAAAAUAUCCUAAUAUGGAAAUAUUUUCAUUUGUUAGGUUAUUUUUACACUGUAUCCUGAUAUUCCAAAUAAUUCUGUCUAUAUUUUUUAUUCACAUGAAUAUGCACUUUAGAUUCGUCUCAUAUAACCCUGUUAUAUACUGGGAACUAUCAGAAAUAUUUAAAAGGAGAGGGAUAUGGAACCUUUUAUUCUUUGGGUACAUUUGCUUUGGGUUAUCAUACGCUGCACUGUACGGUGCUUAUUUCCCACCCGCAUAAGUAUAUUAUAACUUACACUGUAUAUAAUACAUAUUACUAAUAAAUGCA